AUGAUAUACAAAGCUACAAUUGUUGAAUGGGAGGCAUUCACCAACUUUUCCAGGAACAACUUACUUGAGACUUCCAAAAGGCAAGAACUUCUCAAAACAAGAGUCUAUGAGUUUGGUGGUUUAGAAUUUGUUUUCUUUAUUGUAGUUGGGGUUUGUUUAAAUAAAACCAAAAAAAAGUCUAGUGGAAAUCAAAAUAGUUAUCAUCAUGCAAUAUUGGGAUUUAGAAGGUAUAGUUAUUAUGAGUUGAAGGUAGCUACAAAUAAUUUUAGUAAUGAGAUUGGAAGAGGUGGAGGAGGGGUUGUCUAUAGAGGUAAGCAUAGAAUUUUGGUAUAUGAGUACAUGGAAAAUGGCUCUUUAGCUGAAAAUCUUUCAUCUAAAACCAACACACUUGAUUGGAGUAAAAGGUAUGAUAUCGCUUUAGGAAUAUCUAGAGUUCUAGCUUAUCUACAUGAAGAAUGUUUGGAGUGGAUUUUAGAUUGUGAUAUAAAGCCACAAAACAUACUUCUUGAUUCUAACUUUCAGCCCAAGUUAGCAUAUUUUGGAUUGUCUAAGCUGAAAAAUAGAAACGAUCUCAAUAAUAACUCAAAAUUCUCAAUGAUUAGAGGAACAAGAGGAUACAUGGCCCCUGAAUGGAUUUUCCAUUUACCAAUAACAUCUAAAGUAGAUGUUUAUAGUUAUGGGAUUGUUGUGUUAGAGAUGAUAACUGGAAAGAAUCCAACAUUAAUGAAUAUAGAAGGAGAGGAUGGAGAAAUGACAUACAAUGGAAGUUUGAUAAGUUGGGUGAGAGAGAAAAAGAGGAGUCAAUGUUGGGUGGAAGAAAUUUUGGAUCCAGCAAUUGGGACUAGUUGUGAUUUAAGUAAGAUGGACAUUUUGGUUAGAGUUGCUUUGGAAUGUGUAGAGGAAGAUAUGGAUAUUAGGCCUAAUAUGAGUCAGGUGGUUGAGAUGCUCCAAAAUAAUGAAAGAGUUGUUGAGUGA